CGCACUGAGUUGUACGGUUAUCAGUAAUUAUAUUCAGCAUGUUUUACCCAAGAAAUGACAUCCAGAAAGGGUUAUCUUCUUCGACCGUCAAAUUAUACCACGAAGAUGGCAUGCUCCGACAGCCCAUCUGCAAAUUCAUUUUUGGUAGACUCUUUGAUAAGCGGAAGAACCGAAGGAAGUGCUCACUACUACCAAAACGGUGGCGUGUACUUGCCACCAAGCUCCGACUAUUCCUAUGGACUGUCUAAUUGUGGCUAUUUUCCCGGACCAAAACGGACUGAGAACCAAAAUAUGGUACCUACAGCUGGCCCAUAUAUGCAAGGAAUGGAAUCAUGGUUGGAGACUUCGAGGUCGUGUCGCACUGAACAGCUCAGCAGUCAGAGCGUUUCCCGGUCGUUCUCCCCUGCCAUAAAAGAAGAAAAUUCGUAUUGCUUCUACGAGUCAGGGAAGUGUCUAAAAAACACGGGGACUGAAGAGAUUUCUUAUUCCCGGGUGACGACGAGCGAAUGUCCAGCAGGGAGUAACAGCAGCGUUCCUGUACCUGGUUACUUUCGCCUGUCACAAACGUGUUCAUCGUCCAAAGGUUAUUAUCCAAGCGACCCGUCAGAUUCGGGCCAUUUUGCCCGUUUUGAGGAAUCGCGUCCAACCCUUCCUGAAGAAACAAACGGAACAGAAAUCGAAGAUCCUGCCGCCCAUACAGACGAGGAGAGCCGGAGAUCACCGAGCGGCCCCUCUUCCUCUCCACAAGCGCCAGAAAGUGAAGCAGAAAUCCCGCAAAAAGCGAAUGAAGGAGAAUGUAAAAGUGACAGUACGGCCAACUGGUUGACGGCGAAGAGCGGCCGGAAGAAGCGCUGUCCGUACACCAAGCACCAGACUUUGGAGCUGGAGAAGGAAUUCCUCUUCAACAUGUACCUGACCCGAGAGAGACGUCUGGAGAUCAGCCGCAGUGUUCACCUAACGGACAGACAAGUAAAGAUCUGGUUUCAAAACCGCCGCAUGAAGUUAAAGAAAAUGACUCGAGAAAACCGUGUCCGUGAAUUAUCGGCAAACUUCAGCUUCGCCUGAGGAAGGAGCUCUGGCACCCUCAACCAGCUCCAGCGCGGGUUCAGAUCCACCUCAAAGCGCGCACUGCUGACCUGUACAUAAUAUUAAUGAUAACUUAUUGUGUCGUACAUACUACUGUCUGAAUCUAUAUAUGUGUCCGUUUAUCCGUUUUAUUUCACAUUUUUGUCUCAGUACUACAUCAGCAUUAUUUAUGAACUCUGCCAAGUGCAUUCAGUGUAGUCUACAAAUUGAAGAACAUAAUAUUGUUUUAUUGACAGUUGUAUAUAAACGGACAGUAGUAUAUAUUAACUGUGCAUAGUAUGGCAAUAUUUGCAUGAUGUAAGAUUAAUUGCAAUUACAAUCAUCGUUUAAAAUUGAUUAUUUGUUAAGUCCAUGUUAAGCUGAUAACUGUUUUUGGAUUAGCCAAAGUUAUAAUGUAGCAGAACUAGCCUAGGUUACUUCUAGGCAAGUCGUGCAGUUUUAAGAUUCAAAAUUCCCAUUCAUCUAAGAGUAAAUGAUACUUUUUAAGUGUUAUUUUGCUUUUGAUUUUAAUUUUGUUUUAAAUCACAGAAAAGCUCAUUUUUAACCUGUGACGUAGUGUUGCAAACUUACAGUGGUGUUGAGUGGCCACGAAGAAACGUCCUGCUUGUAGAUAUCACAAACUGGAUAGGUCACUGAGGUGCAAUAAGAUUUUCGUUUUCAACGAGGGAACGGUUGCUCGAUACCAUUUAUAAUUUACUGCCAAAGAUUUGUGUGAACAGGCUGUUUGGGUAAAACCUAAUCGUUCAUCUCUGACAUAGCAUUCUCGCAAUCUUGCGGCAUUCUGUGAAUUCUUCUGGAACUAGUAAAUAUUUGAAAACGUACCGAAAACACGUUUCUAUCCGUUUUUUUUCUCUCUCUCUCUCAGA